AUGACUUUGCUACCUGCAAUCCUUCUGGUUGUGCUCUAUGCCGUUCACUUGGCCCACGCACAAGCUGCUUCUGCUUCAUGCUCUGGCGCACCAGCGUUCACCGGGUCUAGUGGUGCGGCACGCUCAUAUACCGGAUCCAUUGGCCAGUACAACGCGCCGUGGGAGAACACCGCCAUCACUGGCAGUGGUGGAGGCAAGUGUUUGACCUGGCAGUACACACCAGCAACCGCGGGAACCAUCUACACGACCACAUGCUCCUUGACUACUGACGACACAAUCAUUUUUCUUUCGAGUGGCUCUUGCGUCAAUAAUUUUGGCACUAAUCUCAACCAGCUGGCCGACGACAGCUGCGUCCGCCAAUCAACCAUCUCAUUCCCUGCCACUUCCGGCACACUCUACUACUUGCACUUGUGCCGGUACGCGGGCGAUCGAACCAAUGCAAACUCCGACAGACUGACCACUGGUCAGUUUGUGUUUAAUUUCCAGUGCCCUGCUGGCAUGACGGAUCACGAUUCGUUGCUUGAGACAGCCUGUCUUGCCUGCGGCGCGGGCACGGACACUUCAACCGGAGCCAAGGCUGGACCCUGCACCAACUUUAACGUUCCUGCGGGCUCGUUUGAUCACGAUUCCAACUCUGCCACCGCGGCGAUUACUUGCCCUCCUGGAAACUAUGCGCCCGCAGCCGGCACGACGUGCACCACUUGCGGCACUGAAACAUGGGACCAUGAUUCGUCGUCUGCAACUGCCUGCACUUCUUGCACGUCCGCAUGCUCUGCUGGUACUUUCCAGUCCCAGGCGUGCACUCCCACGAGCAACCGCGCUUGCACUUCCUGUACUGCCGUCACCUCUUGCGCCGCCUCGAGCACAACAUGCACAUCGAGCACGGACUCGCGCUGCUCGACUUGCGCCGCGAACUUUUACAAAGUGGCGGGUGCCUCGAGCGACACGUGCCAGGACUUUGUCGCAAACUGCUCCUCGCAGCAGACCUGCUACAAUGCUGGCAACACCCGCUGCUACGCUUGUGCGACGGAUUUCUACUUGACUCUGCACUCGGGAGUGUCCGAUGUUUGCACUGCCUGCGGCACCAACGCAACUUGCAGUGUCGCGGCAGCUAGCUCGAUCGACAAGGCUGCCGUUAUUCCCCUGGCGACUGUUGUUGGUGUGCUCUUGAUUGUCCUCAUUCUUGUGCUCGUCGUCGUGGUGGUGCGUCGCCGCCGCCUCAAUGCCCGCAAGCCUGAAGCUGCUGUUUCAUCUCGGCGUGCACGCUCUGAAACUGUGGACCUUCCCAUGUCCACGAUGGCCAUGAUGGCGAAUCCGCUUUCUGAUCAUGGAAAUGAAGCGGCCAUGUAUGCAGACGCAAACAAUCCUCCGACGCAUAUCAACAAGGCUGGUCCCAGCGGCACUCCUCUUGCUUCGGUCAAAAUGGCGGAAUUUCUGGCUCAGACCCAUCGGCUUGGCAGUGGUCAGCAGCCCGGAGAAGACUUGUACGACGCCAUUCGUCCACCGCCAGUGCCGCGACACCCGUUCUACAGCAACUCGAACAGCAAUGCAGCGAGGCACUCGAUCGCGUACGAAGCUUCGAGCUCAAGCUCCAGUUCUCCGGUUGCAGAGCAGCCCGCUUACGAGAAUCCGCACGUCCAGCGGCGUGCUGAAGCUGGCGAGAGGUCCACCACGGACGUUGUGUACACGGACGUUGAGGUCCACAACGAGGUUUGA